AUGGAUUCCCGCGCGCGUGGACGGUGCAGCGUGUAGCUGCUGUCUGGGAGCAGCUGCUAUCUCUCAGGCGCGAUGCAGCAUGCAGCCCCUGCAGACGCUGUGCUCCAGUCACUCUGCAAAGCGAGUCUGUGAUCGCCACCCUGGCCAGUGGGCGAAGGGCUGGAAAGUGCGGGAGAGGAAAGCCGGCUCUCUGCUCGUCCCCCGGGCUAGCUCGGAAUGAGCCGCUGCUGUGAUGUGCAAGAUGUCUUUCAAGAGGGAAACACCGCUCGCAAAUGCUGCAUUCUGGGCUGCAAGGAAAGGAAACCUGGCUCUUCUUCAGCUGUUGUUGAACAGUGGGCGAGUAGAUGUGGACUGCAGAGACAGCCUUGGCACAACAGCUCUGAUGGUAGCUUCUCACUAUGGCCACAUAGAAUGUGUGCGGGAAUUGGUGUUACAAGGAGCAGAUCUCAAUCUGCAGAGAGAGUCAGGCACAACUGCUCUGUUCUUUGCUGCACAGCAAGGCCACAAUGAUGUUGUGAGGUUUCUCUUUGAAUUUGGCGCCUCUACUGAAUUUAGAACUAAAGAUGGCGGUACCGCUCUGUUAGCAGCUUGUCAGUAUGGCCACACACGAGUGGUGGAAACUCUAUUGAAGCAUGGUGCCAACAUACAUGAUCAACUUUGUGUGAGUUCAUUGGAAGUAGAUAUAAACACCAUGGAUGGCGCUACUGCACUCUUUCUGGCUGCCCAAGGCGGUUAUCUGGAUGUCAUCAGAUUAUUGUUAUCUUCAGGAGCAAAGGUCAACCAGCCAAGGCAGGACGGGACAGCUCCUUUGUGGAUAGCAUCUCAGAUGGGUCACAGCGAGAUAGUGAGGGUAAUGCUGCUCCGGGGAGCUGAUCGAGAUGCCACACGGAACGAUGGUACCACCGCUUUACUUAAAGCUGCUAACAAAGGGUAUCAUGACGUUAUAGAGGAAUUACUCAAAUUCUCUCCUGCACUUGGCCUGUUGAAGAAUGGGACUUCUGCUCUCCAUGCAGCUGUUCUGGGUGGCAAUGUUAAAGCAGUAGCACUACUUUUGGAAGCAGGAGCAGAUCCUUCUCUUAAGAACAAGGCAAAUGAACUGCCAGCAGAACUAACGCAAAAUGAACGCAUCCUCCGGCUCCUCCGGGCAAAAGAAAAGCACAGGAAAAGCUAACCCAACCACUGUGUCAGAUGUGGUUUGACAGAGAGGAGCCAUGUCCACGCUGGCACUAAAGCAAAUCUGGUUUUGAAAAUGGCAUAUUGAACCUGUUUGCAGAAUUGAUUUAGCAUGUCCAAGAUACCACUCUGUGAAUAAGGUCAGCCUUCAACACAGAGCAGGGGUGCACUAAAGCUUCAGUUUUGCACCAUUAAAUCUAAGAGGAGUUUUUGCCAUGGGCUUCAGUGAGAGCAAGAUAGGGUCCUAAAGGCCUGUUUGCACCACAACCCUGUCUAUACUUGAAAAUCCCAGCAUUCCCAUAAAUCCUAAAAUGUGUGUACUACACCUUAUAGCCACACACAAGUGCUCCAACCAUUUCACAGGCAUUCCCACUAUUGUUAUGACUGCACUAGCUGAGAUCAAGUCUUAAUGCCUCUUUGUGCACCUGUUCAGUUUGAACCAUUCAGCUUGUAUAGGUGGGAAGCACACAUGUUCUAGCUGCACUGGUUCAAUUAAUCUCCUCAGCACAGUCCCACAAGGCUUCAACGCACCCUUCAGGCUUUGGCAGUUUGGAGACCAGGCUAUGUCCACCUUCCUCCCUGCUGCCAUUUCAUGCAGACCUGAGAGAAAGUGGAGGGGUGUUCAUCUGAUCUCAGCUGUGCCAAAUAACUCCUUCCCUGUUUGCAGCCACGUGUAGGGCAGGGAUAUAGGACACAAACCAGACUAUUUAAAUAAAAACUUUAAUUAGAACAAGGAAUUUUUUAUUGGCUAGUAGAAAAAUAACCCACAACACAAUGGGGAAAAGUUAGGGAGUGCAAACACCACAGCAUCUACACACCCACACUAGAAA